AUGUCAUCAGUGGCUAACAACCACAGCUCAUUUGCACAAUCGUCGUUGAAAACAUCUCCAACUUCCAGUGUUACUAUGCCUUUCUAUAAUAAGAGAGAUUCUACUGGAAGUCUGACUCCGGAUUGUUAUCCGUUGGAGGGCGGCCCUGGUAUGCGUCCACGCCAAUCUGAAUACUCGACCUGGUCUUCUCUCAAUCAAAUGAAUGCUCCACAUUGGAAUGAACUUAACUGUGAUCCGAAUACUCCUCAUGUUGGAAGUCUUCCUGCCGCACAAAGUCUGCUCUCCCAUCCGCCCAAGAAUUGCGUUGCUACAACAUCAACUACAACUGUCAUUACCAAUCAAAAUGGGAAGAAUUUUACGGCUCCAACCUCCACUGCGUUCCAAGGAUAUGAUGAUCAUCAUCAGCAAUAUCCACCCUCUUCCUAUACCCUUAAAAGAAAUGCUACCUACAGUGGGCCUCGCCCAGCAUACUUGAAUAAUCCUCCUCCAAAUUCAAUAACUCAUAUGGACUAUGCAGACGGUCAUCCAGAUCUCUAUCAUGCAAAAUCGACAUCUGCGUUCCAUCACCUGGCCCCAGACGCGCAAUUCAAUUCUUAUCGGUAUGGAAGUAAUCCCAGUAGGGAAGAUAAAGCUCACGUCAUAACGAAUGGUGGAUUACCAAUUAGAGGAACUACAAUUGCCACGGUGUCACCUCCUCAAAGUGUCCACUCGUCAGAUGGAGAAACUACAGCGAGUUCGACAAGAGGAGCUAGUUCACUUCCCUCAACCGGCGCUCUUUCCAUGACCACAUCUGGAGGUGUCGGUGCGAAUUCUCUCGUCUCUCAAACAAGGAGACAGAGGAAGCCAGCUCCUACACUGGCCACUGGUCGAAGAAACCUCAAAAACGAACAAGUCGACCAAGAAGAAGCCGAGCGAAGAAUGAAACGCAGGGAAAGGAAUCGUAAAUCGGCGCAGAAAUGUCGUGAACGCAAGAUGCAUCGCACUAAUGAACUACAAGCUCAAGUUGCACAAUUGAAGGAAGAGGUAGAUAAACUCCUUCGGCAGAUUAAUUUAUGGCGAACCACCUGCCGGCAGUAUGUCGAUAUCAUCAGAACACAUUGUCCGGAUUAUCGUUUCCAAAUGCCAACAUGCUUAACUGACAGUCCUGAGAGUUAUCUGACAUCUGCCAACGCUGGAGGUCUCAUUUCAAUGGAUGUUGAUGGAAUGCAGUUUUCGGGAGUGCUCGAUCAAUCUGAGGUCAAUUUUUAUAACCGCCAUCAGGAGGGAGACAGCUAUGGCACGUUGACGACGGGAGAUAAUUCCAGCACUGUCCCGGGAGCCCCGGCAUCCAACAUGGAAUCCUGGAACGGAAAUCGUUUUCCUCAUUCUAUGAACCAACUUCCCCCGGUGUCACAAUUUGUACCUCUCCCGGAGCACAUGACUCCAAACACGACAUCCCUCGUGUUAAAGACUGAACCAAGUACCGGACCUGGUUUCUGGAAUGGGGAUGAACCGCAGAUGCUCACAGAAAGUCAAGACGCAGAAUGGAAGGCUGAGAAUGAUACCGAUUCACCACCUUCUCGACUAAACACACCGACACCCAAUGAUGCUGACAAAACGAGCACACUUAGCUCGUCUUUAUAA